AUGAUUUUGAUGUCGUUUUUGAAUGGAACAAAAAAAAUAUGCGAAAGAAAAAAAGAAAAGUUAGUCAUAUGGACAAUUUUUCAAAGUGGAAAAAAUUUAAAGAAAGCUUUUUCCAACUCAAGUAAGCAUAAAUCAAAAGGUGUUCCCAAAAACCUGAACGGUAAGGAUAAGUUCAUACAGCUGCAUCAUUCCGAUAGUGCCACCAGGUAUCAUAUAAAUGGAAUAAUGAAGGCAAAUAAUUGGCCCAAGAAAAAUAUUUCCAAAAAACAAAAUGAAUUAUAUAUAUUUUUAAAAAAUAGAGACAAUAAAAAUGUAGACUUUCAUGAAUUAAAUAUUGUAUUAACAAAAAAAAUAGGGAAUAUGCAAAAUUUCAAUGAAGUAUACAAAUUUAUUUACUACAACAAAGACAUCUUAGUCCCUAUAAAUUAUGUAAUAUGCAUUUAUAAAAUAUACAAGUUGACAAAAAAAAAAAAUUGUAGCAUAGUAAACUAUAACAUGUAUAUAAAUAACAGUAUAGUAGGAUUAAACAUCGAUCAACUAGGUCUAAUGGCUGACUUAGACCAAGUGAACAAUUACGAGGAACUGAAUCAGAAGUUGUCCAUACCAAUGGAAAGGAGAAGCAUUGAGAGUAUUGCAAAUAACAACAUUCAUGAUAGAGGGGGAAAACAUACCGGUCUUACCAAAAAAAAACCUAGUUCUUAUGAAACAAAUCAGUAUGAACUAGAUAACUUUUGUUUUGACUAUAAAAACGAUAUAUUACAGUACGUGUUGGAAAAAUUGAACAAAAACUACUUUAUAAAAAAGUUAACGUAUCGACAUUUAUCAAAUUUGUUAUUUGCACUUAUCAAUUUAAAAUAUUACAAUAUAGUAACAUACAUGGUGUAUGUAAAGUAUAUAACAAAUAUGUAUAUUCACUUGUCAUCUCAGGCAAUCUCCAAUAUUACACACUCAUAUGCAUUACUUUUUAAUUAUUAUUCAAUUGAUUUUACAACAUGCUAUGAAAAUUAUGUAUAUAAAUAUUACACACUAUCGGAUAAAAAUAUAAACUUGGGAAAAAAGCAUGACCACAUAAAUUUUAUGUUUUUAUUACUAAGUCGAUGGAUGUGUAUCAAGGCAAUUACACAUUUUAACAAAAAAUGUAACGCAAAAUAUGAUAUGGAUAUUUUUUAUAAAGGAUUUUUAUCAAAUACAGAAGAAUUAAAUGAAAAAGAAAAAAAAUAUAAUGUACAAUUUAAUUCGGAAAAUGUCAAAUAUGAGAAUGAACAUUUUUUUCAAGAAUUUUUUAUUUUUUUAUGGAGUAUAUCAAAACUGAAAAUUAACAAUAUCUACAUCGAUUUCAUGUAUUACAUAAUACAUCAAAAUAGGAAAUAUAUUUUUCUUAAAUUAAAUGAAAAAGAUGUAUGUAAUUUUAUUCAGUCCAUAUGUACCUUUUACCCAAUAAAAAAAUUGAGACAAACGUACGUGUCUAAUGGAGGUAAUAGCAGCUAUGCGUUUUGUCUACGAAAUGAAAAAUUUCCUACGUUCGACUAUGAUGCUUUCUUGAGAAGCUCCCUCCUUUUGGCCCUCGUUCAUUUGAAAAAAUGCACAUAUCAGCACUAUUCAAUAAUCUUCAAAAUCCUUCGGAAUGUGCAAAAUUGGAGCCAGUCGAAUUCCGAGGGAGUGCCUAAUUGGGGUGACCCUAGAACUUUUUCUCAGUCAGCAGAAAAAGAAAAUGAGGUAUGCAUAUGCAUGCUCAGUGAAGAACUAGACCCAUACUCAAAAAAUAAUCCAUUAUACAAAAAAGGGGAUAUCUUUUUGAAGGAAUACGGAGAAAAGGAAACCCUAUUAAAUUGUCGUAAAAGAAAUUCAAUUGAAUAUAUUAUAAAAAAAUUAACAAAAGUUCUUGUAAAAUAUUUAAUUAUAAAACUUGAAAGUGAAAAUGACCAAUUGCCUUUUGUUAUUAACUAUAACAAGUAUAGCUCGUCGUUAAACUUACAACACUUGUCCAUAUAUCUAUACAAUUCAUCUAUAAUGGAUGAAUUUUAUCUAGAAAACAAGAUAAGAGAAAAAUUAACCAAACUUUUAAUAUCCAUUUUAGAGAAAAUAAUAAAACAUGUUCACACAUUUGACAAAAAGUGCACAAAUUUAAAAUACAUGGAUGAUUUUUUGCAAAAAAAUUAUGAACAUUUAGUUUGUUUAAGCAAUAUUAACUAUGCUUUAAAUAAAAAUAAUAUUAUUAACGAAUCUAUAGUUUUACACUCAUCUAUACAUUUUUACAAAUUGUAUCACGUAUUUUACAAUGCCUACAGGAACACAGAAAGAUCCGAAUUAUUUUUUAAUUUUCUUGAAAAAAUAAAUGAACGAGUGUUAUCCAUCUAUAAUUGGACAUCGUCACACACAUGCAUGUCACUUAUGCCAUUAUUCAGUUUAAUUAAUUACAACUAUUUGUAUAUUUUAUAUAAAAAGGACAUAAAAAAUAAACUUGUCCUUUUAAAAAAAAUGUUACUGCCAAUAACGAUAUAUAACAAUAUUACUCUAAACCAGCUCCGUCUCACCUUGAAGAUUUUAAUUAAUUACUACAUGUCUUACCUAGAAUGCACUGAGGAUAGUAGUAAUAAUUAUUUACAUGAAUUGGAAAAUAAUCAUGAUGACAUCUUAACUUGCAUGUAUAGCUUAUCUUUGAUAAUAACAAACAUAUCACAUAACAUAAGAAAAACAAAUAAUAUACAAAAGAACAUAAAAACGAACAAUGACAAAUGUGAACAUGUCUAUUUUUACAUAAACAUUGCAAACAUUUUGUUAAGAAAAUAUUUUUAUAAAUUAUAUAGUUUAAAUGUAGGAAAUAUAAAAAAAUAUAUUUUGUCUCAUUUUAAAAAUGAAGAAAUAAUUAUGAAAUUCUAUACCUUUUACUUAUUCGUAAAAAUUAAUAUGAAUAAUACACCUUUAGAGUAUGAUAGAAAUACUAUAAAGAAAUUUAUAAGCUCCAUUACUAUAUCCAAAAAGGGGUUUUACUUCUUGGAAAAGUUAAUUUCGUCUUUUUCUCAGCAAAACGAGGAAAGUUCUUUACACAGAGAAAGUGAAACUGAAGAUUCUAAGCAGGUCCAUUUUGAAAAUAGUGAAUUUCUUGCACAAGUGGGAAAUGGAAAAGUGAAGGAAAAGAUGAACAACGACAAGACACAGACAAAUGAUAAUUUCCUGAAUGAAGAAGUCUACACGCAAAGCACUAGUAAGAACCGCAUGAACAAGUUCCCACUGUACUCUAACAAUAUAAACAAUAAAAAUUAUUCACCAAGAGAAAAUUUAGGCAUAUUUUUUUUAAUACAAAAAAGAAUUCAUCAGAGUGAAAUAAAAAUGAAUAAAAAGAUCUUCCUAUUUUUAAAACACCCUCAUGUAUUUCCAGACAUAUUUAACCCAAGCCUUGAUAACGAAUUGAGAAAAGUAGAGGAACAGGUCCUUCUAGCAUUUAAACAAAUAAAAAGCUCGAAGUCUCAUUUAAAACUAUAUGAUUAUAUAAAAUAUAUUUACGAAAAGAAAAAAGAUGGAAAGAAAGAAAGUUUUCACAUAAAAAACGAAUACAUAACAAAUAAAAACAACGCACUUUUUGUUGUAGAUAUUUAUGAUGAAAACACGAAUACAAUAUUCGAAAUUGAUGGAAUUAGUCAUUAUUCAAAACAGUACAUACCAAACAAAUCCUUCGAUUCUUUUAACUAUUUUUACAAUUAUAAAUCAUGUUACAUUUUUAAGCAUUUGGUUUUAAGCAAAUUUUAUAACAUAUUACACUUACCGCUACACAAUGGAAAGCUAUGCAAGAGCAUAAUUUGUAAUCACUACAGUGAGAAGAAUGAAAAUAUUCAGUAA